AUGGAGAACAGGGAAAUUAUUGAUAUAUGUUCACCAACAACAGACAUUAAUCAUGGAAUCACAUCUGUUGAAAUGAAACAACGAUUUUUAAAUCUUGAUCGACGAUUAUGUAUUUUGCCAUGUUAUCCAACUUAUAGUGCUAAACGAGAUGAAGGUCAACCUUUAUUAGCAAAUAUUCCAGAAAAUCAAUUAACUACAACAGAAUUAUCAUAUCGACGUUCCGGUGCUUUCAAACCAGCAUGUAUUAUUGUCAAUAGUCUUUCGAAUAUGCCAUCAUUUUUACGAGAAAAACACAAUAUGUAUUUUGGUGAUUUACUUGAACGCCUUAAAGUUGAUUUAUCUAUUUUGGAUUAUAAUUAUACACGUCUUAAUAAAUAUAUGAAAAUGUUAGCAUAUGAACAAAUUCGUGCUUUUAAUCUACAACCAUAUGCAAUACCACAAAUUGAAGAAAAAGAAUAUCCCAUUCUUUUAGAAUUUUUUUUACAAUUUGACGUGAAUAUGUUCUAUAUGAAAACAUGUUCUUUUCGUUAUGCUCGACCACGUACAUUAAAUGAAGGUCUCUUUUGUUUACAAGAACCUGAAGCUCGAUAUGAAUUAGCUGCAUGUGGAAACUGUGCCCUAUGUUAUCCUCAAUAUGAUAUGAAAUAUCGAUCAAAGAAAUCAGUAGUUGAAUUUAGUCAAGCACAUAAACAUACUUUUCAAAAUGGUUAUCAAGCCAUUCUCAAUUGUUCUGCAACAUGUCAUACACGCAAUAUUAUAUAUGCUUUAACAUGUCCAUGUGGUCAAUUUGAAUAUAUUGGUACCACUGCUAAUACUUUACAUGAUCGUUCAAUAAAACAUCGUGAACAUGGAAAUAGAAUUAUGCACGAAUUUCUAUUAGGUCAAGCGAAUAUUCUUCGAGAAUUAACACGAGGAAAAACCACAGAAACUUUAGUGAAAGAUCGAAUGAAACUUUAUCAACAUUCAGCAAGAUGUACGGUGGCGAUGCAAAUUUUUUUGGAUGCAAAUCCACAAUAUUGGCGAUUUGUUCCAAUGACAUUAGAAGAAUCACAAAGACCAGAACAACAAACGGUAGAAACUCUUGUAAUUUCGGAUGAACCAAGUCAUCAUGCACGAACACGACGUGAUUGUGAAAUUUGCGUGGAUGCUGUACCAAAACCCUCGAAAGGAUUCGUAUUCUCAAAUCGGCAAAUCAUGUUACAAACUCAAUUUUUUCAAAAGUUACAAGAUAAAAAAUUGCCAAAUCUAAAUAUAGAUUUAUAUAAUGCUACUAUUGUAGCUGUUUUACCCGAAACAAGUUCCGAUAUGUUUCGUUAUACAAUUGAAUCGUUAUUUAUUACUUAUGCUGAAACUAAUCUUAAUACAGUUGGAAAUGUUUUAAAUGACAAUCAAACUAUGGAACAAUAUCCAAUGAAUGAUCCUUGGUUUAUUCGAAGUAGUCAGUGGUGUGAGGGAUUAGUGCGUCGUCCUCAACCAAAAAAUAUACUAGCCAAAUAG